CUCUUGAUGCUCAGGGCGAGGGAAGUCUGAUAAAAACAAGAGGCUGGGCUGUACUACUGACCAGUCUUCAGUAUUCUCGUUCAGUUUCACGGUGCACACUAGAUAUACGACUCUUCUCAGGUGUGGAUGAUGAAGGCGUGGGUGUUGAUGAGCGUGGGUGUGAUGAUCAUGAUGAUGGUGUCGCCCCCGGACCCAUGCAAUGCCCAGGGCACCGAGGCACUGAUCACCUUCAUCAUCGACAAGCUGUCUGGUUUAUGGGACCACGAUGAGGUUUCUUUCAUGGGACACAUCUGUCGCUUCAGCCACAGUCCAUCUUUCUACAGGUGGGAACUGUACUACAAGGGCAAAAUGUGGUGCCCAGGAUGGGCUCCAUUCUCAGGCAACUCCAAAACCAAGAGUCGGGCAGGAGCCAUCGAGCACGCCACCCGAGACUUCGUCAAGAAAGCCCUUGAGAAUAAACUUAUUACUGAAGAGGAAGCCUCUGCCUGGGUCAGUAAUUAGGUAUUUUUCCACGUCCUGAUGCAUCCCCGUCUUCUAACUUAAGCACAGAGUGUUAGUUUACCAGCGCUGUAUCUAAGAGAAGUCGAUUUCUCGGGAAGGAGGAUGAGGGCGGAAGACGUGACUUACACAAUGUCUUGCAUAAUAAGAUCUUAAUAUGUCAUAGACGAAGCUGAUAUAACAAUUUUUAAUUGAGUGUUUCACCAUUUUUACACAUGUUUUGGUCUAGAUGAAACGCUGUGUAGUUAACGUAAUUUUACAAUUAUUU